AUGACUUCGAACCCAAUGAAGCAAGAGAGGCGGCCUAUGCGGAGGUCAAGAUACGGCUGCAGAAAUUGCAAGCUUAGAAAGCUCAAGGUUGGUGGACCACAAUACUUCGCUGAGCAACCUGACCCCGUUGGCAGUGUGAUGAAAUUAAACGCCAAGUGCCAGGACUUUGUAACCAGAUACUACGGACGCAGUCUUCUCACGCCAGAUGACACAAACAUGUUAAAAGUCAACCGCAAGCUCCUCGACCUUGCCUUUUCCUACCCCUGUUUGAUGCACGCCUCAUUAGCCGUGGCAUUCACAUACGAUCGCUAUCUGAGCUCCUCAUCGAACCCCCGUCCAAGUCUGGAAGAGUGUUAUCACUGGUCUCAAAGCACAGCUCUGUUCAGCAAGAGACUAAAAGAGCCUGUCAAAACAAAAGACAAAGACCCGAUAUGGGGCACUGCAGCUGCAUUGGCUGUUUUGACCUUCUCGUGUCCAGAUGCACACAGACCUGAAGACUCCUGGCCUUUGAAGUCGUCGGGCGAGGAUGACCUGGACUGGGUGUAUAUGAUAAACGGAAAGAUGUCACUAUGGGAUAUGGUGGAUCCUCUACGGCCAGACAGCCUCUUCCAAGUCAUGGCUGUGACGCUGGCGCAGAUGCAUUCACCCUUGCCAGAAGUUGGCAUACACGGAAUACCCGAGGCGUUAGCUAUGGUCUGUCUUCUCGAUGACUCUUCUACGCCAGAUAACAACCCAUAUUUCCACGCCGCGCACGCUGUUUCUCGCAUCCUCAGCCUUGCGGACAGCGAUGUGACCACAGGCCACACUCAACUCUUUACACAUAGACUUGAUGGGGCUUUCAAGAAGUUACUCGUCGGAAGGGACCCAGUUGCUCUUGUGUUGCUGUACCUGUGGUAUUGCAAGGCAGGGCGGAGUAUAUGGUGGGUUGAGUUAAGGGCCAGAGUGGAAUGUCCUGCUAUUCGCAUGUACCUGGAACUUUAUCACCCAGAUGACUCUGCGGUACGUGCACUGCUUCAGACGGACGAUAUUACGAUGGGUCAAGAAGUAAUUAGGCGUUCCUUGCUCAAUUGCUAG